AUGCCAUCACCACCACCACUACCAAACCACCUCAUCAUCGUCUGCGGACACGCUAUCUGGCUAGACGGCCCAGCAAACGGUUGGGACGAAUCCGAAUGGCUCAUUGAGCCCUACAAGAAGGGUGAAACGCCCACGUUUAUUGCCCACAUCAAAGCAGGCGUGGAAGAACUAGCCAAAGAUGACCGCGCGGUGUUGAUGUUUUCCGGUGGCCCAACCCGGCCCGAAACCCCCCUCUCCGAAGCCCAAAGUUACUACAACCUAGCUCUUGCCAACUCCUUUUUCGGUCUCUCACCUGCUUCUUCCCCCUCUACUACUGCUGCUGCCUGCUCCUUCACAGACCGCAUCCACCUAGAAGAACGCGCCCUAGACUCGUACUACAACAUCCUCUUCUCCCUGAUCCACUACUGGCGCGUCGUACACCCUCAGCACGCCUGGCCGGAGCGCAUCACCAUCGUCAGCCACACCUUCAAGCGGAACCGGCUGGUGGACGGCCACUGCGCCGCUAUUUUCGGUCUUGAUCCUUCGUCGUCGGUACUGGAAGAAAGGGUGAGGUUUGUGGGAAUUAAUCCGCCUGGUGUCGAUGCGGUCGGGGGAGUUGCUGAAAGGGAUGGGGAUGGGGGGUCUUCUGACGUGAAGAAGAAGGAGGAAGCUAUGCAAGGGGUGCAGUUGGCUUUGGGGCAGUGGGCUGAGGAUCCGCAUGGGGUUGGGGAGGAACUGGCUGGGAAGAGGAGGGCGAGGAAUUGUUGGGGCGUGGAGCAGCGGCUGUUCUUUAGUGAGGAGGAGAGGAAGAUGAGUGCAGUUGAGACGAGGAUUUUGGAGGAUGGGAGUGAAGUGUUGGUUGAUGGAGAGAAGCCGAGGCCUUGGGCUAUUUAG